GAUGAUCGAGCGAGCGAGCCACCGACGGUUGGCGGGUCAACCCCCCGCCGCGACGGCCUCUCCGAAGAUGCCGCGGUCGCUGUCGUACCGUCUUCACGACGCCCUUAACGUCCCCCUCGUAGGCGCACUAUCAUCGAUGUGCAUCGCUGGGCUCAUCGGCGCGAUGGACGCGCACCUCGUGACGAAGAUCUUCAUCACCUACAUUGCGAUCGACACGACGUGGAUCGCAUUUUCACCAAGCGCUGUCCCGCGAUACGCGUGGGCGAUCGUGAUACAUCACGUCCUGACUUUCAUGAUUCUUCUGCACCCGCUACGGUUCCCAGAACACGCUAUUGAGACCUGCAGGGACGGGAUCGUGGAGUUGAACACGUUCUUCCUAAUCGCACGGCGGCAGCUCACCCGAGGAUCCGCUCUGAACCGUCUGUGCGACCUCUGCUACCAUCUUACGCUCUCGAUCAGGUUCUUUUGGCAGCCAUACCUUAUCUACCACUUCAGAUACAUAACGCACAUGGACCAGGGGUACACCGUUCGAGAGCACUACAUGGUGAUGAUAUCCCAAGUCAUGCUGUGCGUGUUUAACAUCCUUAUCGUCUUGCCGGGCUUUAUGGGGAAUAUGAAGAAGAACAGGAAGACGGAAGCAAGCGGAGAGGAAAUCAAGUUAGAGUAAGGUAGAGUGAGGAGCUUGUCUGUGGCUUCAAGGGCGGAGCCGCAGCGGCGGACGACGAAGACGAGACAUUUGAUGCGCGUGCGAGUAGAGAACUCGAGAGGGAGGGUGACCGAAACGUAGCUAAUAACACUUAUAAGAUAAUCGCAGGUUUCAUUUCUUGCGG